AUGGUUGGUAAAACCUGGGGACUAACUCCCAGGAUAAUUCUAUGGCUCUACCAGGCAAUCAUACGACCAAUAAUAAGCUACGGCGCGAUAGUAUGGUGGCCACGCACCAAACUAUCCACAGUGGAAGCUAGACUACAACGACUCCAGAGGCUGGCCUGUAUGGCGGCCACGGGCUGCAUGAGAACAACACCAACUGCGGCCCUGGAAGCCCUACUGGGCCUGCCGCCGCUGCACCUCUUUAUACAACAGGAAGCGCUAGCUGCGGCGGUACGUCUCAAAAAAUCUAAUCUCUGGAGACCGCCUAGGGUGCCACACACCGAGAUCCUCUACGAGGCCAUAGGUAAGGAACCGCUAAUUGAGGCGGUGACUGACAGGAUACCCAGGCAAUUCGUCUUUGACAAAAAGUACAAAAUACAAUUACACGAAGAACCCCAUGAAGGACUCAACCCAAGGGAGCUGAGAAUCUUCACGGAUGGAUCAAAGACAAGGUCAGGCACUGGCGCUGGGGCAUUCUCAGAGGACCUAAACAUACACAUCUCGACACCACUUGGUGCACAUAACACAGUCUUCCAGGCAGAAUGUAUGGGCAUCAUAAUGGCAGCACACGCAAUCGUCUCAAGGAAAGUACUGGACUACCCCAUCCGCAUACUCUCCGAUAGACAUCACAUCACAAAGUACGAGCACAAAGUUGGUACCGUAAAAGCACCCAACUAUACUCCAUAA